CUGUGAGCUGAGGUGUGCAAGGAAGUAGCUUUAGUCUGCCUUCUGUGUUCCCUUCUGUCAGAAAGAGUUCUUCAUUGUAUGGACUGUGGUGUGAAAAAUACAGCAGAGGGAUUUUAGGUUUAAGGAAAGGAGAGAAAUACAGACUGACCUGAGGAAAAAUGCUGCUUAUUAGGUUACUUUUAAGCUUGGCGCUAUCUUUACAAGUAAUCCAAUUUGGAAAUGGCUGUGAAGGGGAGAACUGUGAUGAUAACCCAGACCAGAAAAAUCCAAAGACUUCCUUAACCACCUUUAAUGAUAUAAAUAACCUCAAUUCUGAGAGGAGAAGGAGGAACCCCUCUGAAGUCUUACCUUUCACUGGGCUUACAGAUGCCAGCAAACUGAACAGAAGCUGCUGUCAGAAUGGAGGGACCUGUUUCCUGGGGAGUUUUUGCAUAUGUCCAAAACACUUUACUGGCAGACACUGUGAACGUGAUAAACGGAUCAGUAGCUGCGGUGUCAUUGGCCAUGGAGAGUGGACCCAGGAAGGAUGUUUGUUUUGCCAGUGUAUUUAUGGGAUUCUGCACUGUUUCCCUCAAGACCAGAAAGAUGGUUGUGGUCCUACAAAGAAAAACAUGCCUGCUUGGAUUCAUCUUGGAAUGAGUUCUGAAGGACUAAAACUUCAACAGACAACAGACAUCCUUAUAGUUUCGUUACUGUUUCCUCUGCUUUGUCAGCUCCUCUAAUGACUAACAAAGAUAAGAAGCAAGAAAGGUAGUUACUUUAACAAUGAGAAAGUAACAUGAAUAUGAAGCCUUUUGUUUUAUCUUUUAAUUGUAUAAUGGCAAGCAGCAGGAACUGAUUAUCUGCACUUGAUAUUAGUGUUUCAUGGAUGCCAACUGACUGCUUUAAUAGGUGGGUGAUUAGGAAAAGAACAGAAUUUUUAUUUUAUCCUACAACAAAUCCAUCUAUUCCUAUGCAUUAAAACAGGGGCCAUAAGUAUGUCUCUUCCCCCACCCAUCUUGAAGUGGCCCUAUUAAUUGCUUUCAAAUAUUGGCUUCUAUGACGUUUAAUAUUGAAAGAUCAAUUCUUCCAGUGGAAGAUGUUAUAUUUACACCUACUUAGGCUAAGACAGCCAUAAUUGUAUUGUUAAUAUGAUUUUGCUUUAAAUAUCUAAUUUUUAAUAAUUUAUUAUCUCUUUUGGCUAUUUCAGCUGUUGAAAAGACAGAAAACUAAGUCAUUAAGUAAUGGUUUUCUUGUCAAUCUGGAUUGAUUUGUUUUCCCACUAACUAAAUUAAAACUUUGAAAGAGCCAUCCUAAAGAGACAGUCAUUUGUAUUAUAAUAGUUUCAUACUUGAAGAUAUUGUAUAAGUAAUCAUUUCAACCACUAUCCCUAC